GGUAACUGAUAGCUGGCUGUUCAUGGGAUGAACAGUUUUGCUGCACAAUCUCCAGCAUGGAGCGUCUUAUGCUAUCACCGGAACAAAGCCUGCGAAUUGUUGCUAUCGUGAUCUGUCUUUCCUUUUUCUUUGUCGAUUGAGCUUGACAACAAUGGCUGCGAAUUCUGCAGGAAGACUGCUGCCAGUCUUGCGACGCAUGAAUGCGUUGGCUCGUAGACCGAAUCUUCCUCAGAGCUCUCGCUCUCUCUCUCCCCUCUCUCUCGAGCGCGGGCGGGCGGGCAUAAUCCAAAAUCGCUAUCGAGGAACAGGUCUUUCUUUUGUUUCUCUGCUUGAAUGGCUCAAUAGGUGUAUCGUUUUCUCUUUUCCGUGGUCGUCGUCGAUUCCUCCUGCGACCUGCAGCACUGCACCCGGCCCCAAAGUACCGUGCAUCGACCGUCCUUUACCGAAACCAGGCAGCCUUUUCGUUCUGCAGACGCAACUACCCCAGCUAGUCUCGGCUGCCUUCUUCGACUUGUGAAUAAUGCCUUCCCGCUUUCUGAGCUCAGUCCCACAGACCUUAUUCGAAUCCUUCUUCACCAACUUUCCUCAUCCGACUCCACG